AUGGCAACCAAAAAGAAAACAUAUCCCUCUGAACCCGUGCCAACAGAUUACGUUUCCUGGUCCAGCAAAGACAAGCUCCAAUGGCUAGACAGCCAGGGGUAUGCCCAUGAUCCUACCAUCAACCUUGGGGAUUGCUACCGCUCCGGCGCCAAGGUGACGCAAAUCUUCACGGUCAUCACGAAAUUACUACAACAAGUGUACGCAUCAUUUCGUGGAAAGACCAACCAAACUAUCUGGAAGGCCUUGUCGACCUUUUUGAAUGCAUACAACAAGAGCAUCACCCAUCUCUCCAACGACGUUUACUCUAGUGUCGCCUCGCUCCUUACCACGGGCCAGUUCAACAAUGAGAGCAACCUCAUUGAGCCCGUCUCCAUUUCUGACUUGCCAAUCGAAAAUGAAGACGGCACGUCCAACAUGGUGACCACGAUUCGUGAUUUUAAAGAGAAAAUUUGGCCCUAUUUUCUUACCGUGCUCGAAUUGCUCCAGGACAAGUGGACGUGGCUCUCCAAGGUCAACCCAAUCAUGAACGUGUCGUACAACAAUCUCAUCAAGGCAAUGGUUGAUGCAGGAGAGACCUUCUUCCUGGAGUACCAGAAAGAGCAAGAUAAAUCUCCGUGGGCUAAAGGUUGA